AGAAAAAUCAUAUACAUUUUAACCUAAAGGUGUAAGACACAUUUCAUUUUACUGAGAUGUGGGCUACCUUCUGAUUCUGGGCAGACAGCAAAAUUAAGUUGUAAGGAGGUUGAUUUACAGCGACACCCUAUCAGAAUUCAGCCUCUGCCUGCCCUGAAUUGAAUUAUUUUUGCCUAGCAACACUCUCUCAUUGGCUAGAAAUGACUAGUUACAGGGAAAACGAAACCUAACUCUGAAUAACGGAUCUCACAGUCACAGCAGAGGACAACAAUUGACAGAUCAGUACAACUGCACUAAAAAGAUGGAACGAGGAAGACGAAGGACUCUGUAUUUUCUGUUCCUGUUUACACUCUGUCUGCAAGCCUUCCCUGGUCUAUGCCAAGUUUCUGGGCAGCCCUCUGACCUCAGGAUAGUUUUAGUAGGGAAGACUGGAGCAGGGAAGAGUGCAACAGGAAACACCAUCCUGGGGAGAAAGGUGUUUAGAGAAGACCUCUCCCCUGAGUCUGUCACUGAUCACUGUGAGAAACAGAGUGGAGUGGUGGAUGGGAGGAAGACUGAUGUCAUCGACACCCCGGGGCUCUAUGACACAACAAUGUCUAAAGAAGAGAUGAAAAGUGAGAUAGAAAAGGCCAUCUACAUGUCAGUCCCAGGACCCCACGCCUUCCUGCUGGUGAUCAGACUGGGGAGGUUCACAGAGGAGGAGAGGAACACUGUGAAGUGGAUCCAGGAGAACUUUGGAGAAGAAGCCUCAAAGUACACCAUCAUUCUGUUCACCGGUGGAGACCAGCUGGAGGACAAAUCAGUGGUGGAGUUUCUAAGUGAGAGUGAGGAGCUUAUGAAACUCGUCAAGGUCUUUAAGGGCAGAAAUCAUGUCUUCAAUAAUAAAAACAAGAAUGACUACACUCAGGUCCCAGAGCUGCUGAAGAAGAUAGAUGAGAUGGUGAUGAAGAAUGGAGGACAACACUACACCAAUGAGAUGUACCAGGAGGUCCAGAGGAAGAUCAAAGAAGAGGAGGAGAAGAGAGAACAGGAGGAGAGGGAGAAACAGGAGGAGGAGUUCAGAAAACUGGAAGAGAAGGUGAGAGAGGAGGAGAGGAAGAAACAGGAGAUCAGGAAACAGGUAAAGGAGGUGAGAGAGGAGGAAAGGAAGAAACAGGAGCAGAUGAAGAAGUCAAAGGACCUAUGGGGAAAAGUUGUUGGAUUGUUAGCAACUGUUGCCACAGCGGUGGUAGCAGGACCAGCAGCAAUUCCAGUUGGAAUUGCUGUAGUUGUAAAAGAGGUAGCUGAAGAUGUAGUUGAACAUUUACAAAAUUCUCAGUAAGUAAAGAUGAGGAAGAGGUGGCAGUGUGAAGUACCACUCUCUUCCUCAUCUUAAUGUCAAGUAGUAGCAGUAGAAUAUAUUAAUACUGUACAAUGACAACCAUCUGGGAUUGUUCAACACUUUC